AUGUCUGAGAAGACCCAGAACCCCAUGCGGGAGCUCCGCAUCCAGAAGCUCGUCCUGAACAUCUCGGUCGGCGAGUCUGGUGACAGACUGACCCGUGCUGCCAAGGUGCUGGAGCAGCUGUCCGGUCAGACCCCGGUCUACAGCAAGGCCCGGUACACUGUCCGCACGUUCGGCAUUCGCCGUAACGAAAAGAUCUCGGUGCACGUCACCGUCCGUGGCCCCAAGGCCGAGGAGAUUCUCGAGCGUGGUCUCAAGGUCAAGGAGUACGAGCUCCGCAAGCGCAACUUCAGCGAGACCGGCAACUUCGGCUUCGGCAUUAGCGAGCACAUCGAUCUCGGCAUCAAGUACGACCCCGGCAUCGGUAUCUACGGCAUGGACUUCUACUGCUGCAUGACCCGCCCUGGUGAGCGUGUCUCCCGCCGCCGCCGCUGCAAGGCCAGAAUCGGUGCCAGCCACCGUAUCAACCGCGACGACACCAUCAAGUGGUUCAAGCAGCGCUUCGACGCCAUCGUCCGCUAA